UAUUAGUAGCGUCUCGCUGCAGACACCUGUCGCUUUCCCGUGCAUAUGUAUGUAUGCGCGCCAUUUGCUUCAGCCUCGGGCCUCGGGUCAGGUACAGGCACCGUCGGGCGCCAGCAGCCUCUUUUUUUGGACGCUACUCGGGUCUCUGAGGCAAUUCGCUGCGCUCCCCCGAACGACACCUGAACAACUGCGGCUCGUGGCGCAUCUCGCCCGCGACGCACCACCACCACCCGCCACAAAUGGUUGUCGAGCUCUGGACGGCCAAUUCUCGACAACGAACGGAUCGGUCUCUGAGCCCGUAGAUUCAUCGAGUCAUCACCCGUGUCGUGCCCUCACAGCUCCCUCAAUCGCGUCACGAGACGAGCAUUUCAACGUCCGGAUCAGACGACGGCCGCCAUGGGCUGGCCGUACGGCGUCCCCAGCCUCACCCACGAGGAGAAGCUGCUCCGCCGGGAGACAAUUGACCUGUACGCCUGCAUUGCGCACUACUCGGCCUUUGCCCCGGCGCUUCUCUUUCUCCUCUAUCGUCUCGCACGCCGCGUCCCGGGCCUAGGAGGCGCCGCCAGGGCCAGAGAGUACGAGCAGGUCCCGGGCUCGCCCGUCGCAAAGGCCAGCCGCCUCGCCUCGUCGGGCUCGCUCGCGCGACAGUGGCAGAAGCUCGCCUGGUGGCUGCGCGACGAUGUAUUCUUCCGCAGCGUACACUGGGGCCAGCGCGAUCAGUGGCUUCUCGGCCUGGCGUGGACGACCUGGCUGCUUGCUCUGUGCGUGCUCGACACGGGCACAGACUACUUCCAUCUCACCAAGCGGUUCGGUGCUAUUGCCGUCUCGCAGUUCCCCAUCCAGUACCUCCUGGCGAUCAAGCCGCUCAACCCAUACGCCUGGGCGUUCGGCUCUUCGCACGAGGAGGUAAACCGCUACCAUCGUGUGCUCGGGCGCGUCAUCUUCGUGCUUCUCGCGCUGCACAUUCUCUUCUACAACGGAUACUUCUUCUACGCAGGCAUCUGGCUGAAGCGCUUCUUCGCGCCCAUUGUCUUUUGCGGUGUUGUCGCCGCGGCUGGUAUCCUCGCCAUCGCGACCACCUCUACCGUUGCAGCGAGGCAGUACUCGUACCGGCUCUUUUUCAUCACGCAUCUCGUGGCAGCUCUCUUUAUUCCGGUGCUGAUCUUCUUCCAUGCGCCUGGCCUCAGGCUGUACAUUGUCGAGACUCUAGUCAUCUUCCUCGUCGAUCUAGGAGUCCGCAGGGUCACGACUAUCAAGGCGCCGUCGACGCUCCAGAUCAUGUCGGGCACCGCCCUCGUCAAGGUCACGUCCAGGAUCCCGCGUCAUAAGCUCGCCUCGUUUCAGGCAUCCCCCGGGCUGCACAUCUAUCUCAGUGUCCCGCCAGAGAGUCGCACGGCCGACACCCCGGCGUCCCAGUCCGGCGUUUUCGACUACCUCUACAACCCCUUCACUGUCGCAUUCAACGACGAGGAUGACGGCAGCAUAACCCUCAUCGCACGCACCAGAGAAGGACCAAUGACCGGCGUGUUGAGCGCCUUCGCCGACGCCGCCGCCACGCCCGGUCCCACGACCGAGACGCGCACGAUAUCCCUUGGCAUCGAGGGCCCGUACGGCUCCAUGGCCAAGCAUUUCGACCAUCUGCUUCACUGGGGUGCCGCCCGGGUCCUUGUCAUCGCGGGCGGCGUCGGCGCGACCUUUGCUGUCCCAGUCUUCCAGGCUUUGCGGAGCGAGCUGCCUUCGGCCAAGGUGCAGCUGGUCUGGGCCGUGCGCAGCGCUGGCGACGCCGCCUGGGCCGUAGCGGCCGCAUCCGCUGAUAAGACUUUACUUAAUGAUGAUAGCGUGCAGCUGUACCUGACGGGCGGCGCAGGCUCCGACGCGGACGGCAGUCAGGCUGGCGCCGUGGAGAUGGAGCCCUUGCGCCGCGCUGGUGGCAGGCUGGCCGCGCACAGCCGCCGCAAGAGGCCGGACCUUGGCAGGAUUAUCGAUCAGGCCUUCUCCCACGGGUUGGAGGAGCCGGUUGCGGUACUUGUUUGCGGCCCUACCGAGAUGACUCUGGAAGUGAGGCGACGCGUGAGGCCGUGGGCCAUGAAGGGGAGGAGGGUUUGGUGGCACGGCGAGAGUUUUGGGUGGUAAGCGUCAGUCACACUGCAAAUCUUCAUGUUGUGCGCGUCUGCAGCGUUAUAAAUUUGAUAGUCUAUCUAUCGAGGCAGUAUAGCAAAGUAAGCGGGGAGAGUGCCAUGCCGUC